ACCCCUGUUGAAUCCCGAAGGCUUGGGAUCAGCCGAACCCUUGCGCCUCAUCACUCUCCUCCUUAGGGUCUGGUGGUUUAUGCAUGUGGAUCUGGGCCAGACGUUCCGGUGGGGGGCCGGACGGCAGGUGGACUUCGUGAGUGAAAGGGUUACCUACCAGUGGAAACUGCCCACUGACCUGUGGUCUCUGUCUCCUGCACUAGGUGAACCCCAGGCGUACCCCAGAGAGAUCUCGCUGACUUCUCUGCAGCCAGCUGGCCAUGAUGUGGCACCAAGAACGGGGAGAAUAAAGUGGGGUCUUUCCCCAUGCCCCUCCCCUGGUCAGCUCCCCGAUGGCCUGGGUGAGGUGACCAACGUGGACGACGAGGGCGUGGAGCUGGGUUCGGGCGUGAUGGAGCUGACGCAGUGCGAGCUGGUGCUGCGCCUACAGCGGCGCGAGGCCGUGCGCUGGCCCUACCUCUGCCUGCGGCGCUACGGCUACGACUCCAACCUCUUCUCCUUUGAGAGCGGCCGCCGCUGCCAGACGGGCCAGGGAAUAUUCGCCUUCAAGUGCUCUCGGGCCGAGGAGAUCUUCAACCUCCUGCAGGACCUGAUGCAAUGCAACAGCAUCAACGUCACGGAGGAGCCGGUCAUCGUCACUCGCAGCAGCCACCCCGCUGAGCUGGAGCUGGCCAGGGGCCCCCCGCCUUCCAGUGCUCUGGGCUACACCAUCGCUAGCUUCUCCAAUGGUUGCCCCGGAGAGGGUCCCCGCUUCUCAGCCCCCCGUCGCCCCUCCACCAGCAGCAGCCUCUGGCACCCCUCCCUGGGUGAAGAGCCCGCACACGCCCUCAUCGCCCCAGAGGAGCAGGUCUUCCUGCAGCCGGGCCAGGUGAAAUUCGUGCUGGGCCCGACCCCUGCACGACGCCACAUGGUAAAGUGCCAGGGCCUGUGCCCCAGCCCGCAGGACCCCCACCACCACCACAACAACAACGAGGGCGCGUCCGAGUGCCCGGCCCAGCCCAAGUGCACCUACGAGAACGUGGGCAGCGGGCUGCGGCAGGGCGCCGGCUGGAGACUGAGCCCGGCCGGGAGCGAGCCGACCUGGGGCAGCCUGGCCCAGCGCCGGGCUGCGCUGCUACACUACGAGAACCUGCCCUCGCUGCCCCCCGUGUGGGAAGGCCAGGACGUGGCCAUGGAGGACGGCGACACGCGGGACGGCCUCACGCCCUCCUCCAACGGCUUCCCCGAAGGUGAUGAGGACGAGACGCCCCUGCAGAAGCCCACGGGCACCCGGGCUGCACCUCGCACCCACGCCGGCUUCCCCGUGCCCCUGAGCCGCCGCCGGGGCUCCCCACGCCUCUUCCACUUCGACUUCCGACGGCCACCUGGACCCGAGCCCCCCAGGCAGCUCAACUACAUCCAGGUGGAGCUGAAGGGCUGGGGCCCAGACCGCCCCAAGGGGGCCCCGGACCCCACCGCACCCCAGGGCCCCAUGCCCACCGCCCAGCCCACUCGCAGCUCAGACUCGUACGCCGUGAUCGACCUCAAAAAGACCGUGGCCAUGUCCAACUUGCAGAGAGCCCUGCCCCGAGACGACGGCACCGCCCGCAAAACCCGGCACAACAGCACCGACCUGCCUGUGUAGGGCGCCCCGAGCGAGCCCUGCGCCCCGACUCCGACUCCCUGCCUUCCCCAUCCCACCACCACCCACCCGGGGCUCAGGGCUGCUUCGCUGAAGGGCAUGGAGGGGGCCGCGAGGCUCCCCUGCGCUGGCUGGCCGGAGUUCCAUUCCCCCCACCCCCCAAGUCACCACCACUGUGUCUCCUGGUCUCCAAGCUAGGGGUUGGGGGGAAGCGGGCGGCCAAACCGGAGAGGCCAAACUGUGAGGGGGUCCCCGUGCGCGCCUCGAGCACCCUCGGCCCUCCAAUCCAUCGGCCAGCUCCGUCGUCUGUGUGUUUGUUUUGGUUGAAUUUGGAGACAUUUUGUACCUGUUGAUUUUAUUUAUCAGUUUAUUUUUCUAUUUAUUGUUUUAAAUGUAACUUAACAUAUUUAUUAUUAAUAUAAUUAUUUUUAAAUUCUGGCUCGGC